UUCACCUCAGGGGGGGGUAGUGACGCGGAACCAGCCAUGUUUGUAGUCACGGUUUUCACCCUUCUUGCUGUUUACUUCGCGUACAGACUUCUCAGAUCGUUCUUGUAUCCCAAAAAGCUCAUAACCGACGUGUCACACAAGUAUGUCCUCAUAACUGGCUGCGACUCGGGUUUUGGUAGAGUGACGGCCGUUCAUUUGGAUGGUCUUGGUGUUCAUGUCAUCGCUUGUUGCCUGACUGAAAAGGGAGCUGAGAAUCUGAGAAACGAAUGCAGUGAAAGACUUAGAGCUCUAUUGCUAGAUGUUACGAGCUCCGUGAAUGUUCAAGAUGUUUAUGAAACUGUGAAACGGAUAGUACCUCCGAACAUAGGUUUGUGGGGACUCGUGAAUAACGCUGGCACCCUAGACGUUGGUCCAAUCGAGUGGCUUCCACUCAGCUCUUACAAACAUGUUGCUGAUGUCAAUCUUUGGGGUGUGAUUGACGUCACCAAGGCGUUCUUGCCACUGGUACAGCAGGCUCAUGGCCGAGUAGUGAACGUAUCAAGUAUAACAGGUCGUUUCUGCCCCAAGUUCUUAUCUGCAUAUGCCAUCAGCAAGUAUGGGAUAGAGGCGUUUUCUGAUGCACUGCGCCGAGAAAUGCGCCCCUUUGGGGUUAAAGUCAGUAUUGUAGAACCUGAGGGCUUUAAAACAAACAUCGCGACUGGAUUCUUGGAUAGAGUGAAACAGCAUUGGAAGAACCUCAGUGAGGAAUUGAAAGCUGUCUAUGGGGAAAGGUUUCUUAACAGGGCCCUUGAGAUAUGGGAUCCCAAGAAUGCUCACAAGCAAGUGUGUCCCGACUUGAGCCCAGUUGUAAAUGCCAUCACUGAUGGACUUCUCUCUUAUUCGCCGCAAACCCGCUAUGUGGUUGGUGGGUUUGGCUGUCACGUGAUCCUCGCGGUCGCCAGUUUACCUGGUUCCAUAGCUGACUGGUGCUUUCGACUCAUUUUCAGUAGAAUGGAUGGAGCUCCACCUGAACCAGAGAUUUGCAAACAGAAGUGAUAGGAAAUAAUAGUGAAUGAAAAUGCAUGUUUUUUCUCGUUGCCGUUGUUUGGUUUUUAUUGUGCUUUUUAUUGUGUAUCUGUGUUGAGAUCAAGGUUUUCUUUGAACGUUGAAGUCAUCCCGGAAGAAGAUGAGGGGAUAUCACUAAAUAUAACAGGAGGAAGAUAUUUUUACUCUAGGUACCAUUCAUCACAGAAUAUAAAGUAGUAUUCGAUUUCAAGCCUCGGAAUGGUUAGGAGAUUGUUUUUACUCUUAAUCACUAUCAGCAUCAUGAUAUUUGUUGUUGUUGUUAUUAGAAUUCUUGUGCAUUAAUUACUUUUUAGGGCCAGUAGUUUUGUAAGUGUAUCAAGUGUUACCCUCUUUAAAUAAAGAUAGUAAUAUCACAUGGGUACCCUGUGUUGUAUCCAGAUCGUGAA